UUCUGUUUCACUUUCAUUUCAGUGCAAGGGGGGAGCCAGUUCUGGGAAUAUAAGCACCGUCCCUGCCUCCUGUGUGUCUCUCUGCCGCAGGAUUACAGUGCAAGGUGUGAGCCAGUUCUGGGUAUAUAAGCACCGUCCCUGCCUCCUGAGUGUCUCUCUGCCGCAGGAUUACAGCCUGCAACUGACAAUACUGUCUGGCUGAUUGAGGGGUUACUGGUCUCAGCAACCAACACCCAGAAGCAAAAAGAGGAGCUAAUUUGUCACUUUGGUUGAAAGAUGUUUCAUCCAAUCGAAAUCAGCAACAUAGGGAUGUGCCCAGUGUGGCAGGAGCAGCAACAGAAGAUGGAGAACGUUCUGAGCAGCCAGUACGAGGAGAAGAUCCGCCCAUGCAUUGACCUCAUUGACUCUCUCAGAGCGCUGGGGGUGGAGAAAGACCUGGCCCUCCCGGCGAUCGCUGUCAUCGGGGAUCAGAGUUCUGGGAAAAGCUCAGUCCUGGAGGCUCUGUCUGGAGUUACCCUUCCUAGGGGCAGUGGUAUUGUGACUCGCUGCCCGCUGGAACUGAAGCUUAAAAAGGCGAUGAAAAAGACAACCUGGAGCGGAAAGAUUUCCUACCGUGACCAUGAAAUUAAGAUUGCAAGUGCCGCAGACGUGGAAGAAGAAGUAAAGAGAGCUCAGAACCUCAUGGCAGGUAGUGGCAAAGGGAUCAGCGAUGAACUGAUAUCGUUAGAAGUGAUAUCUCCAGACGUUCCAGAUUUAACAUUGAUCGAUCUGCCUGGGAUCACAAGAGUUGCACUGCCCGAUCAGCCCAAAGAUAUUGAACAGCAGAUCAAAAAGAUGAUCCGAAAAUAUAUCCAGAAACAGGAGACAAUAAAUCUGGUUGUGGUUCCCAGUAAUGUGGAUAUAGCAACAACUGAGGCCCUGGAAAUGGCCCGGGAAGUGGAUCCCAAUGGUGAAAGAACUUUAGGGAUUUUAACAAAGCCAGACUUGGUUGAUAGAGGAGCAGAGACAGAUGUUAUCAGUGUCGUCCGAAAUCUUGUCUACUCUCUCAAUAAAGGCUACAUGAUUGUCAAGUGCCGUGGGCAGCAGGAGAUUCAGGAGAACCUAUCACUAAAGGAUGCUUUGGUUAAUGAACAGAAUUUUUUUAAAGAACAUGAACACUUCAGUGUUCUUCUGGAGGAAGGUUAUGCUACAAUCGCUUGCUUGGCAGGGAAGCUCACCAACGAACUUGUCGCUCAUAUCGUUAGAAACCUGCCAACACUGAAGACCCAAAUCAGAAAAAAACUUGAUGAAGCAGAAGAAAAACUGAGAAACAUUGGAUCAGGCGUUCCUGACUCAGAAACUGAGAAGCUCACAUUCCUUAUAGAUAAAAUCAGAAGGUUUAACGAUGCAAUCACACAUGCAACCCAGGGAGAAGAAGAGAUGACUAAUGGCUUUCUUAAGCUAUCCACCAUAAUGCGAAAUUAUUUCUACUCCUGGGAAUUGACUAUCCAGGAAACAUCUAAGGGCUUUCAAAACAAAUUAAAGGAGGACAUUACGGUGUAUGAGAAUCAGUAUCGUGGUCGGGAGCUUCCUGGAUUCGUCAGCUUCAAAGUGUUCGAAAAUAUUGCAAGAAAGCAGAUCCAUAGCCUUGAGGAGCCGGCAAUUGAGAAGCUCAAACAGGUCACUGACAAGGUCAAGACCCAUUUCAGUCAGAUCGCAAUGAGGCAUUUUUUGUCAUUUCCCAAUCUGUACAGAUGCACAAAGGUCAGAAUUGAGGAUAUCUGCUGUGAGCAGAUGCGGGAGGCAGAAAAAACAAUCCGAACUCAGUUUAAAAUGGAAAAAAUGAUUUAUUGCCAAGAUAAACUCUAUGGUGUACUACUCAAAGAAGUCCGUGAUGCAGAUGCGCCACAACCAAACAAAGUUGUCACAUUUUCCAGCAUAAAACCAACCCUCACCCCAAUGGAGAUCUCAUUUGAUGAGAUGCGCUACCAUAUCCAGGCGUACUUUAGGAGUUUAACAGAGCGUUUAUCCAACCAAAUUCCGAUCAUCAUCCAAUAUUACGUUCUCCAUGAAUUCUCAAACAAUUUACAGAGUCAAAUCAUGCAGCUGAUCCAAGAGAGGGAGAACCUGGACGCGCUUCUUGCAGAGAAAAAUGAUUUCUCCCGGGAGAGGAAAAAUCUCAAAGAUCAGAUUGAGCGGCUUUCUGCUGCCAGUCAGCGCCUGGCCAAGUUUCAUUGCUAAGGGUUUCCUGAUAAAUGAUCCCUUUACUAAAAAUGAUACAAAUAUUUGAAGUGGUUAUUAUA